CUGUCUCGAUACCGAGGGGGAGGAGCGGCGAAGUUGGUUCGCGCCUUCGGCGACAAGUAUCACCAUGAACGCCAGGACGCAGCUGUUCGAAUUGAGCAUGGAGGGACGUCAGGUGGACGAGGCAGUGGCAAGUAUAUUCCAUAGCGUGCUAUUCCAUCGGAGCCUCGGCAAAUUCAAGUACAAACAGGAGGGCAGCUACUCGGUGGGCACCGUGGGAUACCAGGACGUGGACUGCGACUUCAUCGACUUCACCUACGUCUGCUGCUCGUCGGUGCACCUCGACCAGACGCUGAAGCGCGAGAUAUCCGGUUUCUCGGAGGCGCUGCGCUCCACCGACAGUCCGGGCUCCGGCCAGAUAUCCCUAGAAUUCUUCCAGAGGAAAAAGAGCCGCUGGCCGUUCCAGCCGGAGUGCAUACCGUGGGAAGUGUGGACCGUGCGUCUUGAACUUAUCAAAUUGGCCACCGAGCACGAGCGGCAGAUAUGCCGGGAGAAGGUGGGCGACCUGCUAACCGACAAGAUCCUCUACAUCACCGAGGUCAUGAAUCGGCACGACUACAUUCCGAAAGUGCCGAGUCAGGCCGAGCUGGAUCUGAUCUUCGACACCUCGUACCCGGACAUACAGCCGUAUCUCUUCAAACUGUCUUUCACGACCUCUAGUCCGUCGACCACUACGAUGGGCAAUACUAUGAAGAAAUUGAUCAGAGAGACGCUAUCCAUUUAGUCGUUAUAACA